AUGGGUCGUGUAAGAACUAAAACCGUCAAGAAAGCGGCUAAGAUUAUCAUUGAAAAGUACUACACAAGGUUGACCCUUGAUUUUGACACUAACAAGAGAAUAUGUGAGGAAAUCGCAAUCAUUCCCACCAAACCCCUUCGCAAUAAAAUUGCUGGGUUUGCUACCCACUUGAUGAGGCGUCUCAGGCACUCUCAGGUCAGAGGAAUCUCUAUCAAGUUACAAGAAGAGGAGCGUGAGAGACGUGACAACUAUGUGCCAGAGGUAUCUGCCUUGGAGCAUGACAUCAUUGAGGUAGACCCUGACACUAAGGACAUGUUGAAGAUGUUAGACUUCAACAACAUCAAUGGCCUGCAACUCACACAGCCUACCACAUCAGGUGGCUAUGGUGGCAGACGUAAUUAA